GCAUGGAUAAGAUGCAAAGAAAAAAGGACCCAUGUUCACCAGAAAUCCAGUUGUGAACAGCCACCAUUUCCCAUGAAUCAGAGUCUGGCUAUGGAAGGUUCUAAGUAGACAAGAUACAGUCAGUGGAAUUACCAAGCAGCAUCAUAUUCAAGCUAGAACACAAUGUUUCUUGCCUGUUUCCAGGACAACGCGCCUAGGAAAGGAAUCCACAGAUUUCAGAAGCACCUAACCAGUAUGGCCAGGCCAAAAAGUAACUUUUCUGAGUUCUGCUAAGAUGCAGUCUACCUAUCAGGAUAUCAUGUCGCUUAGACUGACCAUGCAUGAAGCUUAUUUACCAGGAGAUACACUUUAGGUAAUUUCAAGCUUUCAGCAAGUCCCUGGAUUAAAGCACAAACUUCAUAGUCUCAAAGACAUACCUCCAGCUUCAGUCUACAUCACUUGAUCUACAGCUCUCCUGAAGAAAAUGGCCUACUUUGCUGCAUUUGCUCAGCAUAUUUGGAAAAUGUUUGUGGCUGAGAGAAAACCUGGAUGGAAGAAUCUAUUGCCUCUUUUUGCAGUCUGCAGCUUUGUCAGUUUAAUAGCCAACAUGCUCUUCCUCUUAGCUGGUUACAAUUUACUAACAGAUUAUCCCAUUUCUGCUGCACUCAUAUUCACACUUUUUUGGGUUAUCCUCUCAAUUAAUUUGUGCUUCUUCCGGCACCUGCGUUGCUUCGCUGCUCUCUUCUUCCUCUCUUGUGGGAUGCAUGAAGGGAGAAACACCCUGGUUGCUGCCGGGACAGGAGCUUUGGUUGCAGGCAACAUCCAAAAUAUUUUCCAAAACCUAAAGCAGCUGGCAAAUAGUGUAAUUUGUAUUCUCGAAUCCCAGCGCUUAUCCUUUCUCAGUGAGUACAUUAAAGCGAUUUGGUGGGUUUACAAUCAGAGCAAGGCUUUGGGCAACCCUUUUAAAGAUAUCGUUGUUGUGAAUGAUAAACUGAAUGUAUCAUACUCAGUUUUGGAUGAAGACUUGAAGCUGAGGCUGACUAAAAUGAGGCUCGGUAUUCAGGAUAUUGCCAACCAGAUCUCCUCCGUGCUAGUCCUUCUGAUGUCUUUGGUCAAGAAAGUGUUUCCCCUUUUGGGCACUGCUUUCAUUCUUCUUGGGACAUACCGUUUUCUUCAGAAAUUCCUGGCUCCCCACAGCAUCAGGUUUAAGAAUACUUACAUUACCAAGGAGUUCAUUAGAUACAAUGAGCAACAGUGGCAGCAGCAAAAACUUUCAGUCCUUCCUCUCAGUAAAGGAGAAAGAAAGAUAUACGCAAUGGUCCCAUCUUUUUGCCAGACGUACAAAGAAAGGAAAUGCACGAUACACUUUUUUCUUCCCGUGCUUGCUAACCUUUGCAUUUGGAUUCUCUUUGGAGCAGUAGAUUAUUUGCUUUACUGGCUCAUUUUUUCAAUGAGCAAGCAUCUCCAGGAUUUCCCUGAGCUAGAGGUCCAUUUGAAAUUGUAUUACCAUAAAAAUACAGGUAAAUUCAUCUUCAAUAAUGGGGAAAUUGUUGACAACAAGACUUCCUUUCACGUUCCUCUCUUUGAGCAUGUCUGUAUCCCAACACCACAGCUUUCCCUCUCUGCAACUUGGAUCCAAUUAGGGGCCAUCCUCCUUUUUAUAACUGUGCUUGGACUGUUCACUUCGACAUUUAUCCAGCUUAAAAUACUGGUGACAACGUCAUUCUUUCCCAGGAUAGAUAUGAAACGUAUAGAAUAUCUGUAUGCAAAAUUACUGAACCGAAGAUCAAAGCUCUCUGGGAGAAACAUGAAAAGGAAAACAAAAUCGUUUGCAAUGUUAGAUUUCUGGUUCCCAGUCCUUCAGGCAAUGAGAAGAGCCAGAAAGAAAGAAGAUGCAGCAAAAGACAGCAACAUUUAACAGCAUAAAGAAUAUCUUUAAGAAUCCUAAGGUUCUGUAAGUGGAUGAAAAAAACAA